CUUGAUUGCAACAUGGUACUAGUCGAAGAAGUUAAUUCCCUAUCCUUUUCGACAUUGCGACGUAGCGUGUCGCUAUCCAUUGUCAUGCUAGUGCACCACUCACACUAAUUAAUGUAGUUCUUGUGCUGUCUUUUUUAGUACCACAACAAAACGCCAGAAUGUUGUUGCAGCAAUCGCCGUCUCCGCUUGGCGGGUCACUGGCCGCUCGCCAUGCCGCAUCUCCCGGCGCUUCAUCGCCAGGGUUACUGGUUGACUUCACCAAGGCCACAACGCGGGUUUUUCAUGGCGUCGAGUACAAGAUCAAUAUGAAGGGCGAUGAGCAGAAUCUGACUAUCCGUGUAGAGGAGCCUCUAACCAGUGCCGGAGGACUGGGACGAGUCUGGUCGGCGAACUUUUUGCCUAGUUUCUUGGAGGAGAUCACGAGAAGAACAGGCAAUUUCAAAACAUAUCCAGUGUUUGCGAAGAUGUUGCUUACCGCGAUGAUGUCUUCCACCACGUCGGGACAAGAUCAAACAGAAGUAGACGCAGCUUCUGCUGAGGUUGCUGCUGGUGGUGGUAGUGCAGCUGACUCUUCUUUUGGACAAAAGGAACUACAACUACAGACAAGCUGCACGUCUACGUCUAGUAGUACAACAUCCGUUUAUUUGGAUCUUCUCACCUACCGGGAUUUGGAGAUGCUUCGAGCCAGAGCAGACAAGCCGGGACCGCCUGGUAAUUAUACUCAUUUGUUUAUUCUCAUGAAUAAAAAGGAGAGAUUAUUGUUAUUUAGAUAUUUGGUAUACCUGACCUUUUUAAUUUUUGUUUGCUAGUUAGGAGUGCUCCACCGAUGUUAUUGACUUUUUUACCUCUCAAUCUCAUUCAAACUCUAUGCUCCUCUGCCAUAACUAAUAGGUCGAACCAUCUGAAACAUGGUGAAGACUUAUACUCUCUCAAAUAUUCUUCACAGGCACCUGCACCUCCCCGAACACGUCCUCCACGCAAAUCGGAGCUCCGAACAACAAGCGCUAUCUAAUCCUCACUUACUGUGGAGAGUUCGAUAAGAACCACUAUCCUUUGGCCCUGCACCCUGAUGAAACGACCCCGACUGAGCCAGAAGCGAUGCGACGCAUGAUUCAGCAGUUGCAAGAAGAAGUAGUACAGUUACAACAAGUUGCGUCGAGUAAUACGUCGAAUGCCAACAAUGCAGUUCUGGGGAAUCCGACUUCGCCUAUAUUGAUGCACAACCACGGAGCAGCAGCUCAACAGAUCACUAGUCCGGCACCUGCUGUGGUCGCUGGAGUAGCAGGUGGACAUCACCCUAGUGCGCCCUCUACGCGAGGCCUCGAUGAAUCCCAUCGAGUGAAGAGGCUAGAACAAGAGCUGCAGCAUCUGAGGCAUUCUUGUGAACAGUUGUCAGCUGACAACAAUCAAAUGCGUCAGACUUUAGCGAAGGCAGGUAUUGCUACUGGAUCAUCGAGAUUGACUUACGUUGAUUCUUAAAUCAUGGCAUAGAUAAUCAAAAUCAUAUUCUGAUUAUCCCAAAGAAACUACACGACAACGAAGGGUAAGUAGCUUCUAUAGCAAGGUACCUACUGCAAGAAGAAAGACGAAAUCGUUCUCACAACAUUUCCAGGUCCUCAGCAACAACGUGCAGGAGGCAGCAAUGCCCACCCGCAAGACCCUUCCGGUUCUCUGCUCGCCCCAGAUCAGUACAUCCUUAUCCAGAACUUGAAGAAGCAGGUUUCGAGAUUGCAAGCCGAAAACCGGGAUUUACAAGAUAGCAGACAGCACCUCAUCGUAGAGAACAGGCGUGACGUCGAAAAUCUGAAGAAAGAGCUAAACUUCGCGAAGAACCAGGCAAAGCGGUUCGAAGCGAGUGUCAAGCGGUUACAAGCGACGAAUGACGAGCUACGGAGAGGUCAAAUCCAAGCAGCAAGAGCGCGUACAAGCACUGCAGCUAGAACUAUGGGGCCACCUUCUUCUGCUGGAUCUGCUUAUUUUAACGAUAGUGGCUCGCGAAGACCUAGUAGACCAGGAUCUGCGGUCGGGAGCCGUGCGGGAAGUAAGCUGAAUAGCAGCUAUGCGCCUUCAGCCGCGUCAUUGCGCGGACGACGCAGUGGUCCAGGGUUGUCACCUCAUGAGGACAGUCGAAGUUUCAUGUCAUCGACGCAUUCUCAAAACGACGACUACAAUCGGAACGAAGUAGAUGCAGGUUCAGGUAGGGAAAACACGACUUACGCUCGUGUCAGAAGUAGCGGCUACGGUCAACAGCUGCCGCGGAACAACAGCUAUGUUCGGUCUAGAGGAACCUCUAGGGCCUCGUCAGUGGUAAGUAGUCGAGACGCUAGUCCAGCAUCUGUACGAAGUCGUGGGGGCCAGCUUCCAAGCAGUCGCCGGGCGUCACCCUGCAACAGCGUCCGCAGUGGGCGCGGUGGAGGAGGUGGAGCCUCUUCUUCGUCGAAUAGACCGCUGCCACCAAGACUGAGCGGUGGAGGCGGAGGCGGCUAUGACACGCAAUAUGGUGACCAUCGAUACAACAGCGACAACUACAACAAGACACGAGCAGAACGUCCAAAUUCUAGAGGCCGCGCUCGCGCUGGGAGUGGGCAUAGUUUGCCCAGACAAGUGGGAACGUCUCCAGCCAGGAUCAACCUGCAGCACGUCGACAGAAGGAGCCUAUCUCCAGCCUCGUCAGUAGGGAUUCGAUCAUCAGUUUCGCCUGCUUCAGCAAGGUCUCAACGAGGUGGUGGACAGGAGCCGAGAAGCAUUGGGCAUCCGCACAAGCACAACUACGGAGUUGUACCUGGACAACCUCAAGAACAACUUCCAAGCUAUAUGGACCCAAAUUCACAGGACUACAAUCCGUACAUGGUACAGCCCGGAGGAGCACGUGGAGUCAGUCCUUCUAGCUAUAAUCGAUCACAUCAUCAACAACAUAAUGUUGUCGGAGCACCAGGACCCCAUGUACCUCCACAAGCACAUAACGCAGUUGGCGGUGUACCGUUUCUAGUUGCUUCUGGCGUAUCAGCUCCUUUCAAUCAGCAUAGUCAAGGACCAUCACCUUCACGAGGCCUGCCGAACCAAGCCUUGCCAAGUCCAAACUUCGGUGGUGUUGUGCCGCCUCCAAUGGCUUACACGGCGUCGCAUGAUCAGCUUCAAAAUCAACAGCUCGUCGCACCUGAGCACGGAGUACAUCAAGGACAACUUCUAGGGGGAACAUUCGGAAACGGUCCGUCAACUGGUGAGUCACCAUCCUCUUACCGACGAAUAGUACCUCCAAACAGUGCCCUGAAUCAACAUCAACAAUCGAACAGGCCCCCUUCAUCUGCAGGUCCCGUGAGACCGCAUUCAGCCGGUAGACAGCGUUCUCCCAGCCCAUCCGCUGGUCGAGGGUCGUCGCCAUAUGCGCAACCACAACCGGGAAUCCUUCAGAAACCGCUAACUGCUUUUCGCCACGCCUCUAACUCGUCUCCGCAGAUGAAUGGUCGCGGACAUGGGAGUAACAAUCCUUCGCCACGUGCAGGAGGCCUGAACGCCACCGCGCAAAGGCAGGGACCUGCAACAAUUAGUGACGUAGAUGCGAGACUCAAUGCUUUGCAAAAUUUCUUGCGAAAUAACCAAUCCACAGCGCCUUGAGAUGAUGACCCUUCAACGAAAGCGUUGUCCUUGUCGUUGUCAUUGCAUUUAAUCAUAAUUUUAAUUAAGCUACUAGUUCAUCAAACCCGAAUUUUCUUUGCGCCAAAAGAAUAUUUCCACUCAUCACCAUCAGGAUCGUGUCCUGCAAUUACUUACAUCAUCGAGGACAUCUUAAUCUUUAGGUACUAAGCCGAGUCUGGACUCGCCCCCUGCCACAAGUAGCAGGGAAAGAAUAACUCAUGGUCAUGUCCACACAACUGUUUCUUGAGCUGCUCUCAAUGCGCACCUCCAACUGUACGCUCUAGUACCCCGCCCUCUCACUGUUCCAUGUUUCGAAAGAAAGUCAAUGAA